GUUCAGGAUAUCCCGUUCCCGCUCAGCGACGUUGCUAACGCGAGUACGAAUGGUCGCCCUUGUCUGUAUGCGCCCCGCAAUUGGCCGGUGACCAGUUCAGGGCGUCGUCCGCCUUUCAGCCCAACUCUGGCUAACCAGGUUUAGUCCUGUUAAAAAAUGGAUUAUUUGUUGUUGUUAUGGCCACGUGACGCUUUGCUUUCAAGUCGAACGUCCGUCAGCGUGGAUUUACUUCCUCGUUUCAAUUUGGUUCCAUUUGGACGAGGGCGCUCACCAUCUGCUGGCGAGGACGUGCCCUUAGGUGGCGCUACUUCCUGUCCGUGUUAUUGGACGAGCUUUUGGACUUCCUGCGAGGCGACGACGCGUUCGCUGACUCACAUGGAGUCCAUCUGGACGAGACUCAGGGCGCUCUGAUGAGCACCAGAUGCACGACGACACUGUUGAGGAACUUUUUCUUUUUCCUUCAGACCACCAAUCAGAACUCACACUUUUCCCCUCUUCUAAAAAAAAAAAAAAAAAAAAAAAAAAAAAACAGAGCGCUGGACGCUUCCAUGCUCAAAACUCCUUUUCAGUUGGGAAAGGUAUUUUUCCACCAAGUCAGCAAUUUCUUGACAAAUUUCAAUCAGGUUUCCAAACUCAUGACUCAGUAAUGGUGUCAAUUUUGGUCCCGUCGGCGCCGAGUGCUGCUUUCGAUCCAGGAGGUCAGAAUAUACUGCUGAACAGUCCUUAAGCAACGUCCCUCAAGGGUCUGUUCUUGGACCCCGUUCUCCCGCUGAUUACUCAACAAGGCAAAACGCUACAAAGUCCAAAGUUCUGCCGCCAGCCUCGCCGCAGCGCUCUCCAAAGGUGCUGCCAGCCGAUUAUUUUGAUUCCGGUCCCUCCGAGCGACGUCACGGCGCCAGGCGUGGCCCGGCGCGGCGCGGCUUAAGUUAUUAGAAGCGAGCCGCUUCAACCAUUGGUCAGAUUAAUUCCGCCCGCUCGCAUUUCACCUCUGGCCGACCGGCGUCUCGCAGGGCCCCGGAAGCCCCCCGCCCCGCGGACCCUCGGGUCGCGCUAUGAAGCGUCGGCAUGGGUUUUAUGGAAUUCUACCUGGAGAUUGACCCGGUUACGCUGAACCUGAUCAUCCUGGUGGCCAGCUAUGUCAUCCUGCUACUGGUCUUCCUCAUCUCCUGCAUCCUGUACGACUGCCGGGGGAAGGACCCCACAAAGGAGUACGCCCCCGACAACGUCCCGCCGCCCCCCGGGCAGUCGCCCAUCCGCCUGGUGGUCAUGCAGAACUCGCCCGCCUCCGCCCGCUACGAGCCCGACCGCGCGGCCGAGCCGCAGACGCCCGACCUGAGCCGAGAUCGCGAGAAGAGGAGCACGCUGGUGUGAGGGGACCCGAAACCCGGGGCGGCCCAGGGACCCUCCCGUCGUUCGCCGCCGUCCCGCUUGGCGGGCGUCGAAACGGGUGAGGUGACGUCGCCCUUGAAAUCGGGAGUUAGACUGGCAAAAUGCCAUCUACUACUAAAGCACUAUCAAACUUUUCGGGUCCAAAAUCUUCCAUUUUUGUUACAGCCAGUUAAAAUACUAAAGGAAAAAAUUAUUUCAACAAGUGAAUUAAAAAAUAAAUUCAAC